UAUAUUUAGAUUGUGAGUAGGAAUAUGUCAUUUUUCUCCCUUCUCAAUAUUGUAGUGUAUUAUUUUUCCCAUUGAGUACUAAAGAUACUUAAAUAAGUAAUUUUAAAAUAUAUACUAAUGCUAAUUUGGUCAAUAAUACAGAUUCACAAAAUAAAAUAACUUACAUACUACAAAACACCAAUAACAAUUUUUACUUAAAAUUACACAUUUAUAAAUAAAACGUUUCUAUUUUAAAAAUUAUAAAUAUUGUAACCAGCAACUUUUAAGGAGCUAUUAAUAUAUUAAGUAUUUCUCAUUUUAUAAAUUAAAUAAAAUUAUAAUUAGUAUUAAAGCUUACCAGGGAAAUAUUCAAUAACAAAACAACAUGCCUCUAAAUUUGCAAGGUGUAAGACAAUACCUUAAUGAACUGAGAAAUUCUGGAGGACUUCACAGAGAUCAAGCAGAAAAAUAUCGCAAUGUUCUUACAGAGAUACUAAAGGCCACAGAUGGAGAAUUAGCAGAGUCCCUAAAGGCAUUUGUUGAAGCAAUUGUAAAUGAAAAUGUUAGCUUAGUGAUAUCCCGACAGCUGCUCACAGAUGUUAGUGUCCACUUGGCCAGUUUACCAGACAAUGUCUCAAAAGAAGUAUCACAUUUUGCUCUUGAUGUCAUUCAGCCCCGAGUCAUUUCAUUUGAAGAACAGGUUGCCAGUAUUAGACAACAUUUGGCUGACAUAUAUGAGCACAAUCAAAACUGGAAAGAAGCAGCCAAUGUUCUUGUUGGCAUACCUUUGGAAACUGGCCAGAAACAAUACUCCGUCGAUUAUAAAUUGGAGACAUACUUGAAAAUAGCCCGCUUAUAUCUAGAGGUGGAUGACCCAGUGCAAGCUGAGGCAUUUGUCAACCGAGCGUCGCUGCUACAAGCCGAAACUACCAACGAACAGUUGCAAAUUUAUUACAAAGUAUGCUACGCGAGAGUUUUAGAUUAUAGAAGAAAAUUCAUCGAAGCUGCUCAAAGGUAUAAUGAACUAUCAUACCGCAAUAUAAUACAUGAAGAUGAAAGAAUGACGUGCCUCAGGAAUGCACUUAUCUGCACGGUGUUAGCGUCAGCUGGGCAGCAAAGGUCUAGAAUGCUCGCAACACUCUUCAAAGAUGAAAGAUGUCAACAACUACCGGCAUACUCAAUUCUAGAGAAAAUGUACUUGGAUCGUAUUAUUCGCCGAUCGGAAUUGCAUGAAUUUGAAGCUCUUAUGCAAACACAUCAGAAGGCAACUACAGCCGAUGGUUCUACGAUUCUGGACCGAGCAGUAUUCGAGCAUAAUCUACUGUCGGCCAGUAAACUAUACAACAAUAUAACGUUCGAAGAGCUGGGAGCACUACUGGAGACGCCACCGGCCAAGGCAGAAAGAAUCGCCAGCCAUAUGAUCAGCGAGGGCCGAAUGAAUGGAUACAUUGACCAGAUCAGUUCUGUUGUACAUUUUGAAACCCGGGAGAUUCUGCCACAAUGGGACAAACAGAUACAAAGUCUGUGCUAUCAAGUAAAUAGCCUCAUUGAAAAAAUUGCCGCCGCCGAACCAGAAUGGAUGGCUAAACUCAUGGAGGAAGAAAUGAUACAGUAGUUAAAAUCGAGCACUUUUCUUAUGAUUAUUAGAUUAUAUAAAUACAAUAUACUAAACCAUGGUAAUAAGCUUCUUUUCUAAAUGUGAUUUGAUUUUUCCUAAUAAAUUAAAACAGUUACUUUCA